AUGGCGUCUAUCCGCUACGGUGGACGGCUAGGACUUGCAUACAUGGUCUGCUUCUGCCUGGCUGUAACAAACGGCUUGCCUGCCAAAGAUCACUUUGUUUAUGUUGUGUCAGAUAUUGCAGAAGGCAGUGUUCACUACAGAAAGAAUAUUGAAAGCGUACUUCGCGAUGGCGCAACGCUUUCUGUUCUGAACACAAUUUUAGACACUGUCAAACGGAUUGAUAAGGCUCUCAAUGGCCCUGUGUUUAAUGAACGCAAGGUUUUGAGUCUAAUUAAAGCCCUUUUACCGCCAGUGGAUGAUUUUAGCUCUGCGAUUUCUACCUGGUACGAUCAAUGGCCCCAAAUUCUUGAACUUUUCGAGGGCGCAAUGAGGACAUACAAACGCUACCACGAAAUAGAUGCCAGCCUGAAGGACCUAGAUGCGAUGGGGCCCAAGAGAUCAGAGUUAACACGUGAGAAGGUGAAACUGGAAUUUGAGUUUCUGCGGUUCGCACCUAUCAUUGAUCUUUACAUUACGUUUAGGUUUGACCUAACAGCACCUAUUUUAGUGCACCUCAUUGAUGAUAUCGAACGAGCGUUUACCUUCCCCACUCCCUUAGAGAGGCCUUCUUGGAGUCUCAGCAAUAUACCGAGCACAGAAACAAAGGACGCGUCGUUAUCACCGGGGGCAACUAACCUGCAAUCAUCCACGACUGACGAAAUGGGGCCACGCAAUGCUGGAACUGAAUCGUAUAAAUGGAGCACAUUCGGCAACGUACGCGAGAGAAGGAACGCCAGGAAUCCUUCGGGAGCUGCGGCCUUCAGUCUAGGGGCCAUCGUAACCAUGACGGCGGCUACUGUAACGGCCGCCCUCUGA